UUAGCCCUUGUCGCCGGCUCCCCACUCAGUGCCCCAAACUCAGUGCCCCUUCUCUUCCUCGCCAGCGACGGUGAAGAAGCGGCAUUCACAAUGCGGAGAUCCCUCCCCACUCUCCUCGCCGUUGCCGUCGUGUUGAUUUUGGUGGUCGGCGAGGCUCCGUUGGCACGCGGCUACAACAUCACCAAGAUCCUAGCAGCUCACCCAGAGUUCUCCACCUUUAACCACUACCUCACCGUUACUAGGCUGGCAAACGAAAUCAACCGCCGGCAGACCAUUACCCUCCUUGCUGUGGAUAACUCCGGCAUGGCUGACCUCCUCGCGAAGCAUUUCUCUAUCCUCACCAUCCGAAACGUUCUUGCCCUCCACAUUCUCACUGAUUACUACGGGUCCAAGAAGCUCCAUCAGCUCACCCAUAGCUCCACCCUCGCCUCCUCCGUCUUCCAGUCCUCCGGCCGCGCCAUCGGCACCACCGGCUACAUCAACAUCACUGACCACCGCAAGGGUAGGGUCACCUUCUCCUCCGAGGACGCCGGUGGUGCGCCGCCAGUUUCCUUCGUCAAGUCCGUUAAAGAGAUGCCCUACGAUCUGUCCGUCCUCGAGGUGAGCUCCAUCAUGUCCUCUCCUGAGGCUGAGGCCCCCGUCGCGCCGCCGUCCCCAGUCAAUCUGACCGAGCUCAUGUCCCGGAAGGGCUGUCGCGCCUUCGCCGAUCUGCUCCUCGCCACGCCGGAUGUCCUCGAGAACUUCGAGUCCAACCUCAACGACGGGCUCACCGUCUUAUGCCCGAUCGACUCCGCGAUCAGAGCCUUCGCCGACAAAUACAAGAACCUCACCGCCCCGGGCAAAGCCUCCCUCCUCCUCUACCACGGCACACCCGCCUACUACUCGCCGCAGCUCCUCAAGUCCAGAAAAGGUGCCUUCCCCACCCUCGCCACCGACACCCACAACAAAAAGUACAAAUACACAGUGGCCAAAUCCGGCGACUCCAUCACCGUCAAAACCCACAUCGUGAGUGCCACCAUCACCUCCACGAUCAUCGAUCAGGACCCAGACGCCAUAUACGCCAUCGACAAGGUCCUUCAGCCGCAGGAGCUCUUCAAGCCCGAGGAUCCUGUCACACCCGCCUCGGCGCCCGCCGCCACCAAGAAGCACAAGCACGGCGCCGUGGAGGCAGCGGACGGCCCGGGUGCCACGUCGGACGAGGAGGCUUCGGACAAUGCAGCCUUCAGGGCCGGCGCAGCCGGGCGGUGGUUCACGGCCUCAGCGGCCGCCAUGGCGGUGCUGGUGCUCGCCGUGUAAUUAAUUAAGGUGUAUGCAUUCUGCUUUACUCUUUCGCUGUGUCAUAAAAUUUCCUUUUUCUUCUUUUUUUUUCUUCUGUAAUCUGAUGGUUUUGGGAGUGGGGAAUAAGUAAAGAAGGGGGAGAGAUACGCAUACCCUACAAUUAUACACAUGCUUAAUUAAUCGAGACCUAUCUCUCUUGAUUUGGGGGUUGUUUGGGUGGAUUUGAACUGUAGAUCGUGUGCUGUUAUUGAGACUCAUACAUUUAAUUUAAAUGUUUGUGGUUAUUAAUUUAAA